AUGUCUUUUCCUUGUGGUGAUCACUCCCCGGAAAUUACUCCUUCCCCUAAAUCUGUUAAAACUGUGAGCCCUAAUGUGUUAACGCAUUUGCCACCGCAGGAUUUGGUGGAUGGAAGCUUCAGGGCAUAUGAAGGCUACAGAGCUGAUGACUUCGGAAAGCAUGUACUGGAAGAUAUGAUGCCAAACGCUUCAGAUCUCAAUGCUUCAUUAUGCUGCUUGGUGUUGGGCAUAUAUGAAAAUUCCAAGUGGACCCUCUUUGAGAAAAGGACAAAGCAAACGAUUCAGAAGGCAUGUGCAUUGUUAUUCAUGAACAUGGUGAUUGUGGGAUCUGACAAGGAAUUUUUGUCCAUUUUGUUUCAUAUUUCUGCCUACAUUCUUCGCUUGUUAGUUGUUUCAUCAGAUUUACCAUUUUUGUUGCAAUCCUUGAAUAAAGUUGAUGCAAUGAUGAUGGGAAAAAGUGGGGUUCAAAAGGAGCUUUUGUUUUGGUUGGAAAUUUAUGGCUUACUGAGUAAGGUUCUUCCUAUCUUGGAGGAUCGAGAUAAGGAGGAACUCGAGUUUCGUCUGUUUCAAAAGAUGGGGAUGAUUGAGCAAUUCAUCAAUUUCAUUAUUCGGCCCCCCAGUAAGGACUUGUGUGUUCAAGCUGGCAAAGCUAUUGAAUUACUGCUGGCCGAGUAUGAUCCAGAUCAGUACCUAUGGGAAAAGGAAUUCACCCUUGCAGGAAGAACAUACCAACGGCAGGAUUUGGAGGCAAGUAUGGACAUACUGAAGAAUUCCAGAGGUUAUACCUUGCGGUGUAGCCAUUAUCUACCCUCACCUUUUCCUGAAGAUAUUGCUCUUCCUUGUGUUAUAUAUUGCCAUGGAAACAGUGGAUGUAGGGUUGAUGCCAACGAAGCUGCUGUUAUUCUUCUUCCGUCAAAUAUUACUGUUUUUACGCUUGACUUCUCGGGGUCAGGCUUAUCUGAUGGAGACCAUGUUAGCCUUGGCUGGCAUGAAAAAGAUGAUCUCAAGAUGGUGGUGUCACAUUUAAGAACCAACAAACAAGUAUCUCGUAUCGGUCUUUGGGGACGAUCAAUGGGUGCUGUUACUAGCCUUCUUUAUGGAGCUGAAGACUCUUCUGUUGCUGGGAUGGUGUUGGAUAGUGCCUUUUCUAACCUGUAUGGUCUGAUGAUGGAGCUCGCUGAUGUCUAUAAAAUUCGACUUCCAAAGUUCACUGUUAAAAUGGCUGUACAAUACAUGCGGCGGGUUAUUGAGAAGAAGGCGAAGUUUGACAUUAUGGACCUGAACUGUUUACUGGUUGCACCUAAGACAUUCAUUCCUGUUUUAUUUGGACAUGGCAUUCAUGACCAAUUCAUUCAGCCUCACCAUUCUGAUCGCAUCUCUGAAUCAUAUGCGGGAGAGAAAAAUAUCAUAAAAUUUGAUGGUGAUCACAACUCCUCCCGACCACAGCUCUUUUAUGAUUCAGUUUCCAUUUUCUUCUACAAUGUCCUCCGCCCUCCUCACAUUCCCAGAGCUCGCAAGCAUGACAGAUAUUUUGAUAUAGGGGAUUUGAAGAUCGGUCCUGCUGUGAAUGAGAGCCUAUUAUAUGGGAUACUCUCUAAUCUACAGUCUGUAACUAUUGAUGCUGCAAGUUCAUCUUCCGCUCUUCCAAGAAAUUUAAACUCAAACACAGCUUCAAUUAGAAAACUUAUUCCCAAAUUUGCUCCAGAGUCCAUGAUUAGAGAGGAACUAAUACAUGGAAUUUAUGAACCUGGCCAUGAUGACCAUGCAGAUAUGAAGGAUGAGCAAAAUGGCCUGACUGAAGAUUAUUACUCAUACACUAGCUCAACUAGAGAAAGCUGGGGUCGAUGUUCUUCUUUAGUAUUCAGCGAUGAAGAAUCUUGUCCAGAUUACAGGGAUGAUGAUGAUGCUUCUGAGGUAUUUGCAACACCCCUUGGAAGUCUAAGAGAAAUAUCUGCAGACCCUAAAGAAGAAGAAAAUGACCAGAAAAAGAAGAAGAAAAAGAAGAAGAAAGCUGAAAGAUCCACAAAGAAGCACAAGUCUGACAGAUUUGAGAAGUGGGAAUCCCUCGGUCGAAAGCUGCGGCUUUGCAUUCUAAAGGGAUCUGCAAAUCGGAGACCAAAGGCCUCUUGA